AGCGAUAAAAAAAAUAUCCAAUAUUCACUUUUGCAGUCGAAAUGAAUCAGAAUUAUUUAUGACAUGCAUCGAUCGACAACAUCGUUUCGAUUGAGCUUGCUAUAAAGUAACGCUGUAGCGUUACCCAUAGCGUUACAGCCACGCAUUCCUUCAGCGUGCGAUGAAAACCCCUGCAACAAUAUGACGCGCUUCGAACACUCAAACAAACGUAAACAAACCAACAAACGUCAUGGUGCCUACAUGUUGUCAGGGACUUUGUUGUGAAAGUAUGUUCUACGUAGAAGUGAAUCUACUGCUCUGAUCUGGUGGAUAAGUGUUAGCCACGAAAUAAGUUAGCUGAAAAGAAACCGCACGGCAGGCAGGCAAACAUGGAAAGUUCGCUGAGAUACAUCGGGAGCUCUUCUUUACACCAAAGAAUAGCGAUUAAAAUAGGCACUCUGGAAGGAGAAAAUGUUGGCUACUCCUACGAGAAGCUCAUCGAGCAGCCGUUGCUAAAGUUCUCCGGAAUGUACACGGAGAAAACACCGCCGUUAAAAGUGAAACUUCAGAUUUUCGAAAACGGAGAACCGGUCGGUCUGCCAGUAUGCACAUCCCACAAGCACUUUUCUACGCGAUGGAGCUGGAACGAAUGGGUCACUUUACCACUGCGCUUUACCGACAUUUCGCGUACGGCAGCACUUGGCUUAACCAUCUACGAUUGUGCUGGCGGAAGGGAACAGCUAACCGUAGUGGGUGGAACGUCGAUAUCGUUUUUCAGUACAAACGGGCUCUUUCGACAGGGUUUGUACGAUUUGAAAGUGUGGCCUCAGAUGGAACCGGAUGGAAGCAGCAACUCAACGACUCCGGGCAAGUGCUCCAGCGCGGGUGUGAAUCAGAUGCAACGAUUAUCUAAGCUGGCAAAGAAGCACCGCAACGGGCAGAUGGAAAAGAUCGAUUGGCUCGAUCGUCUCACAUUUCGUGAGCUGGAAGUGAUAAAUGAAAUGGAAAAGCGUAACUCCCAGUUCCUUUAUCUGAUGGUGGAAUUUCCUCAAGUUUACAUCGACGAGAAAAUGUACUCCGUCAUACAUUUGGAGAAAAAUUCCAACUCCAUGCUUACAUUUAUUCCGAAGCCAAAAAUAGUUGUGGUACCAGACUGUGAAAUUCAUCAGGAAAAUCUUGUUGAACGUAAACACCACAGACUUUCCCGUUCGGCCCGUUCCGGAACCUCGGAUAGAGAUGUGAAGCCUAAUGCGAUCGUACGAGACACACUGAACGCGAUCGUAUACCGGUACUCCUCUACGUACCCUUUGAGCAGCGAAGAGCAGGACAUCAUUUGGAAGUAUCGCUUCUAUCUGAGCAGUCACAAGAAAGCAUUAACUAAAUUUUUGAAAUGCGUCAACUGGGAAACGGCAACGGAGGUCCGGCAGGCGCUAGCGCUGCUCGAAAGCUGGUCCCCGAUGGAUGUGGAGGACGCGCUAGAACUGUUGAACUCAACCUUCCGUCAUCCGGUCGUGAGAUGGUACGCCAUCACACGCCUCAACGAAGCUUCCGAUGAAUAUUUGCUACUGUAUUUGCUACAGCUUGUGCAAGCCUUAAAGUACGAACCGUUCGAUGAGUCAAGUAACCCUUCCACACGUUCCCCAAGCGACGGAAGAGAAAUUUUCCAAUCAUACGAUGAGUCUGCAGAGGCUCAGUUUGACGAUUUACAGGCGGAUAAUACAGGCAUAGCUGAUAACAGUGGGGAAGGAGAGAUCAAAAAUCGAUACCACAGCAGCACUGUGAACAAUCUGGCCAAUUUUCUCGUGGAACGCGCCUGCAAAAAUCCAACGCUCGCCAACUAUCUCUACUGGUAUCUAUCGAUCGAGUGUGAGGACGACAGGGGCAGCAAAAAGGAUCUGAAAAUAAGCGAAAUGUACUCCAACGUUCUUCGGAUGUUUUUGAACCGCUUGUACAAAGGGACGCCGGAAAUGAAAGCGACACACGCACAGUUGAAGGAGCAGCAACACUUUGUCGAUCGGUUGGUAACGCUGGUCAAGAUAGUGGCCAAAGAGUCUGGCAAUAGGAAACGUAAGACGGAAAAAUUUCAACAGUUUCUGGCUGAAUCGAACUCGUCCAAUUCGACCAAGUUUAACUUCAACAGCUUCGGCCCGAUCGUGUUCCCACUCGAUCCCAGCGUACAAAUAGCGGGCAUCGCUGCUGAAAAGGUGUCUUUGUUCAAAAGUGCCUUAAUGCCGUCAAAAUUGACGUUUCGAACCACUAGCGGAAAGGACUACGUGGCUAUCUUCAAACAUGGGGACGAUCUGCGACAGGACCAACUGAUUUUACAAAUGAUCACCCUGAUGGACAAGCUUUUGCAGAAGGAAAAUCUCGAUCUGAAGCUAACGCCGUAUCGUGUGUUGGCCACGAGCUCCAAGCAUGGUUUCAUGCAGUACAUCGACUCGGUAACCGUAGCGGAAGUGCUCAACACGGAAGGCAGCAUUCAUAACUACUUCCGUAAGUUCAAUCCCUGCGAAACGGGCCCAUUCGGCAUCAUGCCGGACAUAAUGGACACGUACAUUAAGAGCUGCGCUGGUUACUGCGUGAUAACGUAUCUGCUGGGAAUCGGUGAUCGGCACUUGGACAACCUGCUGCUCACAUCGAACGGGAAGCUGUUUCACAUCGAUUUCGGAUAUAUAUUGGGGCGCGACCCAAAACCGAUGCCUCCGCCAAUGAAACUAAGCAAAGAGAUGGUUGAGGCAAUGGGUGGAAUCAACUCCGAGUACUACAACACCUUCCGAAAGCUGUGCUACACCGCGUUCCUGCACCUGCGACGCCAUGCAAACGUGAUGCUGAACCUGUUCGGUUUGAUGGUUGAUGCGUCCGUUCCGGACAUUGCACUAGAGCCGGAUAAGUCGGUGAAGAAGGUAGAGGACAACCUUCGGUUGGAUCUAUCGGACGAAGAGGCAGUGCAGCAUUUGCAGAAUUUGCUCGAUAUCUCAAUAACGGCCGUCAUGCCAGCGCUGGUUGAGCAAAUACACAAGCUGGCACAGUACUGGCGAAAGUGAAGCGUGUUCCAUUCUGACAGGCGCCUUGACUGUAACCCCAUUGUUAUCGUAUGUUUUAUUACCAUAUCGAAUAAACAUAUAUUUGUUACCAAACUGUACAAGAAAA